AUGUCUACGAGCGACGAAGCUCCUUUCGAACCAGACAGCCUCAUAUCCAACACAAAAGACAUCCCAUUCUGCGUACUGGUCCGAGUGCGAUGUCAUUCGGCAGCGUGGGCGCAAUCAAAGAUAUCUACGGACACGACUCGCCUUGUCUCAAAAGACGACGUUGUCAGCUCAGAUGAAUUGACCGUGAACUUUCGAUUUUGGUUCAACCUCUUCACUCUCGAUGCCAUUGCCGACAUUGCGUUAAGUGAACGCUUGGGCUUGCUUGAAUCAGGGUCCGACCUGUUCAAAAGCGCUAGGGGCAACAGCGUGCAGAUCUUCAGCUUAAUUGACAGUCUGCAUUGUGGGGGUCGGACAGUCUCUCGAUUUGUCGGAGCGAUUGACUGGUUUUAUUUUUUGAAGGCCCUGGCUCCUCUAUUCUCUCCAAAUUUCCGCGCUCAUGCAGAUGACUUUAGAAAUAUAGUCAGCAUGUUGACGGACAAGCGGAUGGAAAGGCACCGUAACAGCGACAAACUCAGCGACUUCCUGGGUUGUCUUAUCGAGGACAAGGCAGGAAAGAACAGGGGAUUGGACCGCGGGGAGAUCGAGGCUGAGGCUAGCAUUCUCUUGGAUGUUGGAUCUGAUACUACCGCGAUUGCUUUAAACAAUGUCCUCUACUAUCUAAUCAAGCACCCAGAUACACUCGAAAAGCUCCGAGAAGAAGUGGCUGGAGUACUGACCGGAGAACAAUUCGCCCCUUAUGCGAAAGUGAAAGCCUUCCGUAUCUGA